CUGUUCUGCGCUCUUUGUUGAUAACCACAGUGUCUUCAUCCCCGUCCCUGCUUGCCCCUGCUAUAGGUGUAAUGUCGUUGAUAGCUAAUUCCAAGUCUUCAAUCCUGAAUCCUGAUCAGAACUUCGCCCUGAAGUAUGUCAUGGCAAACACCAUAUAUGCGCAAUUCUGCGCCGGUGAGACCCCUGCCGAAGUACGCCAAUGCGUCAGGCAGAUAAAGCAUCUUGGGUAUUCUGGCGUGAUCCUGGGCUAUGCGAGAGAGAUAGUCAUGGAUGAGCGUGAAGCAUCUGCGAUGGGGCAGAAUGCUGGAAUUCAAAUUGGCACUGCGCAGAAGCUGCAGGAGGAUAUCUUUGCAUGGAGGGAUGGAACAAUCGCAACUGUCGAUUUGGCGGGGGAAGGAAGUUUCGUGGCGGUCAAGUUCACCGGGGCUGGGCGGAAGGCCGUCCAGCAGCUGGUCAGGGGAGAGCGUCCGUGUCCGGACCUCGAGCAGGCAAUAGCCGCCAUUUGUGAUAGAGCUAGAGACCGCGGAGUGCGGUUGCUCAUCGACGCGGAACAGCAGGCGGUGCAGCCGACAAUAGACGAGUGGACAAUCGAGUACGCACGACGGUACAACAAUGCGCCCAGCCGCCAAGCGUUGAUAUAUGGCACCUACCAGGCUUACCUGCGCUCCACCCCGUCCACGCUCGCCAAACAUUCAGCUAUCGCGCAGUCGCAGGGCUUCGUGCUCGGCGUUAAAUUGGUGCGGGGCGCCUACCUUGGGACUGAACCGCGACAUCUCAUCUGGGAUACAAAGGAGAAAACAGACGAGGCUUACGAUAGUCUUGCCGAAAGUGUGAUGAGACGACAAUAUGGCGAAUUGCUUGUUAAGCCUCCCAACGGGCCGGGAUCGUUCCCCGAGGUCAAUCUCGUACUCGCGUCGCACAACCGCGCCUCCAUCCAGCGAGCUCUGAAUAUCCGCGAGGAGCAAAUUCGACGGGGGGAAGAUCAAAUUGAAAUGUCGUACGGCCAGCUCUAUGGAAUGGCAGACGAUAUCAGCUGCGAACUCGUCCAGCAACGUACACAAGCUCAAGACUUGAACGGAGGCAAGCUGGAGAUCCCAAAGCCGUAUAAGGCGCUUAUAUGGGGUACCGUUGGGGAAUGCACGAAAUAUUUGCUGCGAAGGGGAGAGGAGAACCGGGAUGCCGCUCUGAGAACGGGGGAUACCCGUAGAGCCAUGGUGAAAGAGCUCAAGAGACGAUUGUUGGGAGGGAAUUAA